AUGGGCAUCACAAUAUGGGCAUGCCAAACUGGCGGUACGGGUCCCUUGUUUGUGUCAGGGGCAAAGCAACCUUCCACUCUCACCAAAGAAUGGGCAUGGGUCUAUGGGAUCAUUGCGUCGGUAGGCAACAUCUCUGCCGGCAUCCUUAACCAGAGUGACUUUACUCGUUUAGCGCGAAGGCAAGGUAUUCAAGUUCCCGGUAUUAUCUUCUCGCUCUUUAUUCCUGGAAUGGUAGUCCCGAUCCUCGCCAUUCUGACGGCCUCUGCUUCGAUGGCGAUUUGGAAGUUGGAUGAGCCAAUGUGGAACCCUUUAACGGUAAUUACACAGUGGAUGAUGGAUGACUACAACGCAAAGUCUCGCGCUGGUGCUUUCUUCUGCAGUCUGGGUUUCGUCCUCGGCCAGAUUGCGGAAAACAUCCUCGGGAACGGAUAUGCUGCCGGCAUGGAUCUCGCGGGGCUUCUUCCGACCUGGAUUAAUAUCAAGCGCGGUGCUCUUUUGGCAGCUGCUCUCUCAUGGGCAGUUCAGCCGUGGGAAUUCUACAAUACUGCGAGCGUUUUCGUAUCCGUAGCAGCCAGUUUCUCUGUUUUUAUGGGUCCGUUGACGGGCAUCAUGAUGACCGAUUACUUCGUUGUCCGCCGCCAAAAGAUCGAGAUAAGCCAACUGUACACCGGCUCUCAUGAAGGUGCUUACUGGUACUCUUACGGCUUCAAUUGGAGAGCGUUUGUUGCCUGGGUUGUCUGCUUCGUUCCUGCCAUGCCCGGAAUGAUUGCAGCGGUCAACCCCGGUGUCAAAAUCAACGAAGGACUCUACAAGUACUAUCUUGGAAACUACAUCUUUGGUUUUUUGGAGGCUGGUACGCUCUACGCCAUCUUGACGUUUGCUUUUAAACCACAAAGACUCGGUUAUCAAGAUGAUUUCGACAUCUAUGGCACAUUCGAGGACGACAUUGCUAUCAGGAAAGGUAUGGCGCCGUUUGAAAGGCCCAAGGGUAAUGGACCUAUUGAGGGCACAUCAGUAAACAUUGAAAAUAACUCGGCCAACAAAGCGCCUGAACCAUAG